AUGACAACUAGCCUUCGACGCAACGUACUCUCCAGUUUGACCAUUCUGGUCGUUCUAGGGAGUCUGAUGCGAGAACGACAAAUCACAAACGUCUUUCAAACAAACUACACAGGUGGUGGUCGUGCAAAAAGAUCGCUCAGCUCAUCAUCACACAACCUGUACCAACAACAAGCACAACAAGAAGAUGGAGAACACAAGAGUCAUGCUAGUAGUAGUAGUAGUGCUCAGACGAAGAAACAACAACGAUUACCACCAGAAGACGACAUUCACUCCCGUCAUGUCACCGUCUUGCCCCUCCAAGAAUGGGAGCAAGCGUCGCUCCGUGGACUCUACCAAGCCCAACAAGAACCUUUUGCGAAAGAUCAACAACAAAUGGCCAACGACUCGUGUCACCCACCCAAGGGGAUCCCCAAGGCAUGUUGUCUGGGAACAUUUGCAGGAAUGGGACGCAUCAUUCACAAUCGACGCCAUCAGUGCGAUCCAUCGGCUUUGGAGCAACUUGCUUCUAGUUACGAUGCUAGUAAUGACAAGAAUGAAGAAGAAUGCCAUGUUUGUGCCUUGUUGGAACAAUUGCAUCAGACCAAUCAAACCAUGGCAUUUGUCGGAGAUUCCAUGUCCCAUCAAAUAUUUCAAGGAUUGCUCUGCGAAUUCUAUCGACGCAAUUAUCAAAUCCACGAAACCACCUUUCAUUUCCCAUUGGCAACUACGAAACAGCAACAACAACGAGGAAGUGCUCGUGGAAAACAACAACCACGAAAAGAGAGUAGUAGUCAAACAACGACCACGACAACAACAGAAGAUGGUCAUGUCCACGUGUCACUCCCCGAACCCACAAAUCGUCGCUGUCACGGAGGCAACAGCAUUAACCAUUGUCUGCACAUGAUGCGACGGGUCCAAAUAUCCUCUCCACUACUCAAGUCAAAUGUGACGCUGCAAUUCUUUCAUCAGUAUCGAUUGCCCUUUGCCGAUCCCCAACAAGAACAAAUGGUACUGACGGCGGCCGAUAUUCUAGUCGUCAACUUUGGACUCCAUUGGGGGGCCAAUUAUAAUAAUGGGAUUCUUGCUACUACGAACAUGACAACGACGAUGGACAAACGACGCCAUCGUCCCAGUCCAAGAAGAACGCAGGAAUCCAGAAUGUUGACGGCACCCGACAAUCCCCCCACGCCCGGGCAUUUGCAGAAUACUCUGGCGGCGUUUUUGCAAACGGCAAAACAAUCGAGUAGUAGAAUUUGGAUUCGAGAGACAUCGAUGCAACACUUUGAUGCCGAUGGAGGCGAUUACUCCUUUGUCAAGCACCGCGCUACCAAACGACAACAACGACAAGCACCGACGACUAAUGGUACUAGUAGUGUGCGAGUGGAACGAUCUCCCGUCCAAUGUGUGCCCUAUUUUCGGGCCAAUACUACGACUACUAGUACUACGGCGGGAUGGAGGGAACGAGUCAUCCAAGAGGCGGCACAUCAAGCCAAUUAUUCGGUACGACGACUACAAGAAGAAGUAGUAGUGCCCGACAACAACAACCAACGAUUCGACAGCGAUCACGCGUCAGUGACCAUUCUUCCAUUUGCCGAUUGGACGAAACCGUUGUACGCCCUACAUCCCUACGAUGAUCGAGGAGGUACUGGAGGGGGUGGUGGUGGAGAUUGUACUCAUUAUUGCUCCUCUCCAUUUUUGUACCUGCCAUUGUGGAAGUCCAUGCAAUACGCCAUGUCUAGUCAGGACGCUGGAGUGUAA